CUUCCUCUCCUGUUCGAGCUCCGCGCAGCCAAAAAGCCCAUGGCGGACACGCCCUCGUCCUCGUCGGCGCCGGCGCCCCCGGAGGUAGACGCGGCCUCCAUCACUGCGGUGGCGGAGGCGGCGCCUCCGGAGGAGAUGACGCUGGUGGUGAAGUGGCGCGGGCAGGAGCAGACGGUGCGGAUGGUCGGGGACGACACGCUCGGGGAGCUCAAGCUGCGCAUCUGCGAGGCCACGGGGGUGCUCCCCAAGCGCCAGACGCUGCUCUACCCCAAGCUCAUGCUCAAGGACAUCGACGACUCCACACUCCUCUCCUCCAUCCCCUUCAAGCCCAACGGCAAGAUCAACAUGAUCGGUACUGUUGAAGAAGAAAUAUUUGUCGGCCAAGAAGAUGAUCCCGAGUUACUCGAUGAUUUUGACUUCGAGCAGAAUGAAGAUACACCCAUUAAGGAUAAAGAUGUCUACAAGCAAAAAUUAAAGCGGCGUGCAAGUCAGUACAAGAUCAAGCUCUUGAAUCCAUGCCGCCAAGGAAAGAAGCUGCUUGUCUUGGACAUUGACUAUACUCUUUUUGACCAUAAGUCACCAGCUGAGAAUCCUAAGGAACUCAUGCGUCCAUAUCUUCACCAGUUCCUCUUAGCAGCAUAUUCAAAAUAUGACAUCAUGAUAUGGUCGGCAACUAGUAUGAAAUGGGUGGAGUUGAAAAUGGAGCAACUUGGAGUUCUUGGCAACCCUGACUACAAAAUUACUGCUCUUAUGGAUCACUUGGCUAUGAUAACUGUGCAAUCCGAAAACCAAAGUAGAAAGAAAACUUUCGACUGCAAGCCUCUUGGUGUCAUUUGGGCUCAAUUCCCUGAGUACUAUAACGAGAAGAACACCAUCAUGUUUGAUGACCUAAGAAGGAAUUUCGUCAUGAAUCCUCAGAAUGGUCUCGUGAUCAAGCCAUUCAGGAAAGCGCACUCGAACAGAGACAGUGAUCAGGAGCUGGUGAAGCUUACACAGUAUCUGCUUUCCAUCGGAGACCUAGAAGAUCUCAGCAAGCUGGACCAUGGUAAAUGGGAGUCCUUCAUAUAUGAUAGCGCAAAGAGACGCAAGCGCUCAUAGUUUCCUUUGGUACAGUGACUGGCAGAAAGAAAAACAGAACAUCCAUUUUGUUUUCUGUUCAGUGCUAUGAACUGAACAAAGACUUGCGUUACAGAAUGACCAGGAUAGCCCCCAGGAUGGCAGGAUUUCUUAACCAUUCUGCAAAAUGCCACGCUUGAUUUCGCUUCGUAGUCACAGACUCAGAGUAGUUUCUGAACUUGCUUGGUGAAAUUUGAAUCUUUUCUGUGAUGUUAGGCC